AUGGCUUCCAUCUCUCAGCAAGGCCCUUACUCGUCCUCUCAGCCGCAGGACGCGGGCAACGCCUAUAAAUACGAUGAUCCCACCGCCUACCAGAUCCCCUCUGGGUACCCGACAAAUCAAUUCGAAGUCCCUCUGCCCGUAGCGCGUCCGGAACCAGAACCACAACCUAGAGAAACCCCGAAGCCACAGUCUUCAGGUUCGUCAGAACCCAAAGUCCGUCUCAGAAAGGCCUGUGACAGUUGUAGUGUGCGCAAGGUCAAGUGCGACGAGACAGGUCCUCCUUGCAAAUCAUGCGCCGCCCUCGACAUUCCCUGCACCUUCGAUCGUCCGAGUCGCCGGCGUGGCCCGCCCAACAGACAUGCCGAAGCCAUCAAGAGGCAGAAACUCGAGGGUGGUAACUUUGACGGCUCACGAAGCUCACCAACCCACGAUGCCGCCUACAGCCUCGCUGCCCUGGCCGCGCCGACUCCGCUCUCCGCCGAGUCAAUAUGUGACCUACCUGCCCUGAAGGUUCUACUGGACGAUUACUUUACAUAUAUCCAUCCAUUAAUACCUCUCCCACACGAGCCUACAUUCCGAAGGUCGUUUGAAGCUAGAGAGGACAGAACAAAUCACAACUUCCUGGCGCUCAUUGCUGCCAUGGUCGAAUGUCUCGUGGCUAGUUUCCCCAGACGACCCCGACAACUCUUUAUCACGGAACCAGGAAAGUCGCAGUUUCCAAAUGCGGGGAGUCUGAUCGACCGAUGCCAUCAAGUCUUCGUGGAAGCUCGCGGCCUCGGGUACAUGGAUCGUCCGAUGAACCUGUACGACGCUAUUGCGAGCUAUUUGACUGGACUGGCCGCUGGAUAUACCCUAGACAUUCCACGUAUGCGACUCUAUCUCGGCGAGUGUACCAUUAUCAUGCGGGAAUUACAAUUUCACAGGCCAGAGAUCCAUCGGCCCGCUGUGACUCCAACAGCAGCGUAUGGCCCUGCUGAUAUGCCUCGAGGCCCAGUCGUCGACUUCAUCUAUCAGGAAUCCGGCCGGCGGCUUUUCUGGCUGUUAUUUGUGGGCGCGAUGUCGGCCCGACAGCUUGACGAGGCCGAAGGUGACUUGUUGAUGCCUCCUGUAUCCCAUGCGGAGAUGCUCCCCCCACUGCCGGUUGAGGUUGAUGAUGAGUACAUCACCGAAAGCCAGAUUUUCCCUCAACCUCGAGGAGUUGUCCCUGAAAUGGUUGGGUUCAACCUCAACGUCAAAGUCUUCCGAGCUUUUCACUUUCUGGCUGCCCUGGAAAUGGCAUUCGGUGCGAACAACGUCUAUGACUGGGAUCGUCAGCGGCAAAUCAUUCGCCGCGCUCUGCAAACCGUCAAGGAUGCUACGCGGGAAGCUCCCAAGGAAUUGCAGCUAAACCCGGCCAAUGGAUUCGGCGAGUGGCCUCCAACACAAGCCGACAUAUCGGCAUAUUCCCACCUCUUCAAUGAUCGCGAAGGGAGUGAGGGCGAUUUACACGCCACGCCAGGAAGCGUCCGCGGGUCCUUCUCGAUGCCCUCCAAGAGAACAAUUCAAUUUGAGAUACAGAAGGCAAAUAUCUAUGCUACCCAGCUUUCGUCCAGAUCUUACCUAGUCGAGAGAUUUUGGAACCUCUACGAAAUAGUGGAUCGCGACAAAUUGACUUUCCCUUCGGAUAAGUCAGUCACAAGCUCAUCCCCUACGGCAGGGAUUGUGACGACGGGCAUGGAACACAGCUAUCGACAGAUCGUAGGUCGUACACCCAGUGACAGCAUGAUGGAUGCUGGAGAACAAAUGAUGGCUGUUGAACGAGAAGACAUUGUGAGAGACAUGGCCCUGCUUCUGAAGAGCAUCAACCAGGUUAACAUGGAGCCCAAUGGAAUGAGCUUUUGCAACAAGAUCCGCACCGUCGCGUCUACUCUGCUGGAGACCAAACGCGCCAGAAUGAGUGUCAUGCCCACGCUGGACUCCGAAAGCGUCAACGCUUAUCUUCACGUGUUCCUCGACAUCCUCUCCAAGUUGGAACGCUUGGGUCCAGGCCGAUUCCGAGGCGUUGCUGAUGGCAACACUGGUGCCAUGCUACGAACGCCCGAGGACGUUGAAGAGGAAGAGCUGGUUCACUGGGCCAGUCUCAAGGAACACCAGGAGAGGUUUGUUCGGACAAACGAAUUUUGGUGA